AUGUCAAGUACGGCAUUAGUUUUUCUCCUUCUACCAGCUUUCCAAGGUCAUCAAUGGCGUUCUUUUCGUACAACGGCUUUUUGCGCAACAGGUCUUUCGAUUCUCAUUCCUUUCAUUCAUGCAAUUGUACAAUUUGGAUGGAAGAAAGCGAUCAAUCAAUCGGGUAUGCCAUAUUAUUUUGCGGAAGCUUUAUUGCUGUUGAUUGGAGUUAUUUGUUUUGCUAAACGAUUCCCCGAAUCGUACAUACCAGGCCAUUUUGAUCUCUUAGGUAAUUCACAUCAGAUAUUUCAUCUCUUGGUUGUUUUUGCGCUGGUAUUGCAUUUGGUGGGUCUUUUGAGGGCGUUUGAUUAUAAUUAUAAGAGGGGGGAUUGUAGGGGUUUUGGGUUGGAGGAGGGUAUGGAUAUUGGAUAUUGGGUUCCGGAUUUGGAACUGGGAAUGGGAAUGGGAAUGGGAAUGGGAAUGGGAAUGGGAAUGGGAAUGGGAAUGGGAAUGGGAAUGGGAAUAGGAAUAAGGAGGAAAGAAAUUAAUAGGAUACGGGAUACUGGGCAGCUAGCUAUAGGUUGA